AUGUAUCAACACGGCCACUCGUUUCAAGGUAGAAAACUGACAGACCAAGAGCGAGUACGCGUUUUGGAGUUCCAAGAAUCGAUUCAUUAUUCACCACGAUAUUCGGAUGAUACGCAUGAAUAUCGACACGUCAUGCUACCCAAAGCUAUGCUGAAGGUGAUUCCAUCGGACUACUUUAAUUCUGACACGGGGACGUUGCGGAUUCUGACAGAAGAUGAAUGGCGAGGUCUUGGUAUUACGCAGUCUCUUGGAUGGGAACAUUACGAGUGUCACGCCCCAGAACCGCAUAUUUUGCUUUUUAAAAGACAACUGAACUACAAACCUGAGAUGCGUACUACAAGUAUUCUUACCGGCGCGUCUUAA